AUGGGUUUCAAAAAUAUGUCAAGUGUUUUGUUCCUUGGCUUUUUGGUUCUUAUAAUCCUUGUGGUAACUUCAGAGGCCAGAGUUGAACCAAAGCCUAUUGAAUUUGAUAAUCUAACACGAAGCGAUUUUCCUAAAGGCUUUGCUUUUGGCAGUGCUUCAUCUGCUUACCAGUUGGAAGGUACUGCUUUUAUGUAUGGGAGAGGACCAAGUAUUUGGGAUACCUACACUCAUAAUCAUCCAGAAAGAAUUGAUGAUCGCAGUAAUGGAGAUGUGGCUGUUGAUCAAUAUCAUCGCUACAAGGUUGUGAUAGCCAUAAUAAAAAAGAUUAGCUUUGAUGCCUAUGGAUUCUCUUGGUCUCAAAUAUUGCCUAAGGGAAAACUUCGUGGUGGUAUAAACAAGGAAGGAAUCAUAUACUACAACCACCUCAUCAACGAACUCCUUUCACGUGGCAUCCAACCUUAUGAUACACUUUUCCAUUGGGAUCUUCCCCAAGCUUUACAAGAUGAGUAUCAUGGUUUCAUGAACCGUCAAAUUGUAAAUGAUUUUCGAGACUAUGCUGAGUUGUGUUUCAAAAAGUUUGGAGAUAGAGUGAAGCAUUGGAUGACCUUUAACGAACAAUACAUCUUCACCACAAAGAGUUACGCGCUAGGAGAAUUUAUACAUAGGUGCUCUCCUGAAUAUUCUGGAACUGAACCAUAUAUUGUUGGUCAUCACCAAAUUCUUGCUCAUGCGGCUGCUUUUAAGGUUUACAAGACUAAAUAUCAGGCAAAGCAAAGAGGUGAGAUUGGCCCUGUAGUGUAUUCGAGUUGGUACGUCCCAUAUUCAGAUAGUAAGGCUGACAAAGACACUACAAGUAGAGCUCUUGAUUUUUCUCUUGGUUGGUUUAUGCAUCCAAUUGUAUAUGGAGAUUAUCCACCUGUUAUAAAAAGACUUGUGAAGGAGAGAUUGCCCAAAUUCACAAAGGAAGAAAGCAAUAUGAUCUUCAAUUCCUAUGAUUUUAUUGGAUUAAACUACUAUACAGCUGAAUAUGCCAAAGAUAAUCCUCAAGUACCUAAUGAUAAACUUAGCCCCUUAACUGAUUUACAGGCCCAUCUAACAGCUGAUCGUGAUGGAGUCUCAAUUGGUCCAAAGGCAAAUAUAUCAUCAUGGCUUGCAGUUUAUCCACAAGGAAUGAAAGAAUUGUUGAUACAUAUCAAGAACAAUUAUAAAAAUCCAAUAAUCCACAUCACAGAAAAUGGAUACCUUGACUAUGAUGGUCCUGAAGUUCAUAAAUUAAUGAGAGAUGAGGGUAGAGUGACAUACUACCGUAGCCAUUUCAAAGCUCUGCAUGAAUCAAUCAAGGCUGGUGUAAGGGUACAGGGAUUCUUUGCAUGGUCUUUAUUGGAUGUUCAAGAAUGGUCCAGUGGAUAUACCAUACGCUUUGGUCUCGUCUAUAUUGAUUUCAAGAACCAACUGAAGAGAAUAAUAAAACAUUCAGGAAAGUGGGUCCAGAACUUCUUAAGCACAUGA